CAGACUGAGGAGUCUGUCAGCCACCGUUAGCUCUGUCUCAGUCACUCAGUUGCUCAGUCGGUCUUCUCCUCCCCCCCCCCCCCACUACAGCUUUUCUUUCUCCCUCUUUCUUGCUCAUCUUUGUUUGUCUCUGGUGCUCUUCUUUAUUCUCGCCUGUUGCGUCUUCUGCUGCUGCUGCUGCUGCCUCCACAAACUUAGUCUUGAGAGAAAGUGCUGGGUGAUGGACUGCUGAACGGCUUGUACUUUGCUACAAAGUGAGCUGUGAGCCGAGUGAUUGACAGGACCGACAGACAUGGGGAAGCAGAACAGCAAGCUCCGCCCCGAGGUGAUGCAGGACCUCCUGGAGAGCACAGACUUCACCGAGCACGAGAUCCAGGAGUGGUACAAGGGCUUCCUGAGAGACUGCCCCAGCGGGAACCUCUCCAUGGAGGAGUUCAAGAAGAUCUACGGUAACUUCUUCCCCUACGGAGACGCUUCAAAGUUCGCAGAGCAUGUCUUUCGCACAUUUGAUGCUAACGGCGAUGGGACAAUAGACUUCCGGGAGUUUAUCAUUGCACUAAGUGUGACGUCACGUGGCAAACUGGAGCAGAAGCUGAAAUGGGCCUUCAGUAUGUACGACCUGGAUGGAAAUGGGUACAUCAGUAAAGCUGAGAUGCUGGAGAUUGUUCAGGCAAUCUAUAAGAUGGUGUCGUCUGUGAUGAAGAUGCCUGAGGACGAGUCGACACCUGAGAAGAGGACAGAGAAGAUCUUCAGGCAGAUGGACACCAACAGAGACGGUAAGCUGUCUCUGGAGGAGUUCAUCAAAGGAGCGAAGAGCGACCCCUCCAUCGUCCGCCUGUUGCAGUGCGACCCCAGCAGUGCUGGACAGUUCUAAACCUGAGGCAUCAACACAACCUUGCUUCUUUGGGUGACUCUAAAUCCCCAUAACUCUCCACUAAGGAGCAGACUGAAGAAUGACAAGCUGAUGACGAUGAAGAGGACAGGCCUUCAAUAUGCACUGAGGAAAGAUGGGCACAGGAGCCACAUUCUCCAGUUGCCCCCCCUCCCCUCCACACACACACACACACACACAUACACACACACACACGCACACACACACCCCAAGCUGUUUAUCUAAACCUCCAAAACCCAACAAAUACUGAACCUGAACAUUAUCAAACACCCCUCGUUGUACCAGGAUCCCUCCGUUCUCUAUAGGCAUGUCAGAGUAUAAAGAAGGUCUGCAGUAGGUUGUAUAUAUACAGUAUAAACUGGAGUCUGUGUAUCAGUGUCUUUCCUUGGCUCUCUGUGCCCUUUGAGGCUCCAGCCGGGGCGACACAGAGCCUCUGUCACUCUAAUGUGUAUCAUAGACAGAGUAUGUGCAUGAGACAACGAGAGAGAGAGAGAUGAUGGUGUUGGCAUACUGUAGGUGAGAUUAUUUAAUCUGCAGAGAGGACUUGUGAAGAUUGUCCUUCACUCAGAACGAGUGCCGCUCUUAGUUUCCUCUUUUCUACUGUGAGAAUGUGUACGUGUGUUUGUGUAUUUUGCAAACUUGAUAGACUUUGUUUCAUUUUUCGUGCUGGGACAAAAUGACAUGAACAUGUAAUAUUAUGCUACUAUGCAUAUGCGCCCUAAUCAAUAGUUUGAUUUUAGUGAUGUCUCACUGAUGUAAUGAAGGAUGAAACACAUCCCUUUAUCCUUCAUCUGUUCCAGUGGUUUUUCAUAUCAGUAAGAAUCUGACGGUGGCGGCGCAUUACUGCGCUCUAGUUUAAGGCAAAUCAGGAAAACUUUAAAGUAUUUGAGGUAGAUAUACUAAAGUGCACCUAAAUCUGUAAAGCAAAUUUCAGAAAGUCCAGGUUGCUCAGUUCAUAACAAAUGUUGUGAAAUAAUAAAAACAUGUUUAUUUAAGCAUGUCAAGCAUGCAAACUAGUUUCUUUUUUGACAUUUACUAUGUGAAGAACAAAGACACACUUUACGUUCACUUUUAGAUGUUUUCAAAUGCCGCAUGUUGAACAGUUGGAUACAGGGGUGCAUAGACUAAAUAACACAUAUGCAUGUGACUUAAUGCGCAUGUGUUUUUAUGUAUGUUUAGUGAUAUGAGUGGCUAAACGGCCAGUCGCCCAUCUAGCUAUGUGCUCGCUUCUGUAUGUUAGUAUUGUCAUCGUUAGUGCUACCAGUAGCCAGUGUUAUUGACAGCGUACGGACUGCCACAGCUGACGCAUGUAAUGGUUCAUAUGAGUGACUUGAUGGUAGGAAACAAAGAGGAGCUUUAGGAAGAUCACCAUGCACAACAACCUAUAAACAUAAAGACACAGUGUUGCAUGGGUAAUGCUGGCAGAGCUGAGAGCUUCAGCUUCUUUCAAUAUUUAAAUCACCAUCCAGUUGUAUCUGUAACGGGGCCAAACAUACACAGAGCUGGCUGAAUUCUUUAGCAACAGUCCCAAUUCUUUGUAGGCUUUCAGUUAAUUAGCAUGUGUGCAGUUUACAGUGUUACUCAAAACUAAUGACAUGCUAUUGGUCUCACAAAUACAAACACUCCAAAUUCAUUCAAGUGGUCUCAUCUUCUGUCCCUCUUUCUUUCCUUCACUGAGCUGUCAAAGAGAAGAGAAAGAGAUUUUUAAGAAAGUUCAACUAGGACUAGUGUGACCCCCUCCCCUGAAUGUAACUGAGCCCUCCCCAGGGCAGACAGAGCGAAGCUGUUUCAGUUAUUGCAUUGUUUUCCAAUUAGAAACGCUUUGAAUGUUUUACUAAAGACUGCUGUUUUUUGUGAAGAAGAAAAAAAAAAGAUGCAGACAAACAAACCGAGAAUCACAACUACUGCAAUGAUACUGUCACAAUGUGUUGCUUUUAUUGUAUUUUUAUGAUUUUUCUUUCUUUAAAAAAAAAAAAAAAAAACUACGUCAGGUGUAACAUUUCUGUAAAAACACAAAAUAGCAUCUUGUGGUCAAGUGCCAAAUAAAAACAAAAACAGUAUUGUAUAAAUUUAUACUGUACAAUUGUUAUCUGUUGAACAAAAUGUUUGUAAUUGUUGCAUUUUGUAGGUUUUGUAUGGUAUCCUGUAUUUAGUGACUGCAGUUUUGGAACACAGGAUUCUGUUUUUUUGGUCAACUUUAAAAGGCAAAAAUUAAAUUUGCAAUUUAUUGUGUGCAAGCAGUAA